AUGGCCCAGAAGACAACCAACUGGAAUGCCGAUUCUGCGCAUCUUCCCUCCUUUUUGAAAGGUGUGAAACAGGGCAUAUCCACAGCUUGCGAUGCUAAUGUUUGCAUCGAUAUAUUUCAACAAGCGCAAAAGCCCGAGUUUUUUCAAUCCGUAGCUAAGUCUAUGCAACUGCGACAGGAUUAUCUACGCGAUGGCUGUGUCUUCAUCAAAGGAGAAAGUUUCAUUCCUGUUUUAAAGGGUAUUGGGGCUAGAGAGGAGGAUUUUGAAAAGCUCAAGAAGGUUAGCCAUAAUCUGGACCCAGACCCAACGGUGAACUAUCGAACUUUGAAGAGCGGAAGGUUCUCAACGGAUACGAGGGCCGGAAAAAUUGAACGACUCAAAAGACAACCCCUUAUCCUGACAACGGUCGAGAACUACAAACGACACGACUCCGAUAUUCCUCGUGAUUUCGGGGACUUUGACGAGACUCAUCAAAACAAUACCGUCAUUCAGGCUAUCCUCGUUUUCAAAGCCUGGGUCACUCAAGGUGUCCCUGUACUGGCUCGUCCCGGUCUGGACUACGAUAAGAACGAAGUAAUCACGGAGAUAUUCAACAUCCACACCUUCACCGAUAAAGAAAUUCAGGGAUACCCGGCUCUGGAAGGAGUGCAUCAGGACGGAUGCGAUCAUACCAUGACUAUGCUCCUUGGAUAUUCAAACAUUACUCCUGACUCUGGGGUUACAUUUGUUCAUGCUCGGGAAGAGAGAACAGGUGUCCAACACCCUGAAACGAGGAUGGAGCUGCUCAGAGGCCGAUAUCAGCAUCGUGACUUCCUGGACACGCUGCUCUUAACGGAUAAUAGUUUCAAGCAUAGUGUGACCCCGGUGUAUGCACGAGACAAGACUCAGCUGUCGUACAGAGACAUGUUCGUCAUAUUCUCUCGGAAACCGCGAGGUGAAAUGCAUAACUCCGGACUUCCAGACUCCUUGGAGCCACACGAGAAAUUCAAACUCAAGUUUCCGAUCUGGGUUCCCCCUCUCCAUGGGCCUCGCCCAAAUGCUCAAGUGCAGAUUCAUAAGCAGAAUCCUCCUGUCCAGAAGUACACCCUGUCGUUCUUCAUGUCUCCUAAUGGCGAGAUAAUCUCUUCUCCUGAUGGGAAGAUUGGACAACAGAUUAUUGUUGAGCCUUAA